GCAGAGAGGCUGGCAUGUUCGAGUGAGGAAUAGAAUUGUUUCGGAUCGUUUGACUUUUUUUUUUUUAAACAUUCGAUCUUCGAAGAUGUCUUCCCCCGCCAAAGUGUUCGCUAACAUCUUUCUUCUCAUUUAUUACUGGAUCGAAUCCAUGGUGCUCGCUCUCGUGCCGAAACGAUUACGAUUCAAAGACAUCAGCAACGAUAUCGCUCUGAUCACCGGGGGCGGCAGCGGGAUCGGUCGUCUGCUAGCCGUUCGAUUCGCCAAGCAUGGGGCUAAAAUCGUGGUUUGGGAUUUGAAUCUGUCUGCGGCGGAGGAGACUGCGAAGAUCGUGAGAAGCAACGGAGGAGAGGCCUAUGCCUAUUGCUGCGAUGUGUCAAAGCCUGAAAAAGUUUACGAAGCCGCGGGAAAAGUCAAGAAAGAAGUUGGGAAAAUUACUAUUCUGGUCAACAACGCGGGGAUCGUGACGGGGAAGAGGUUCUUGGACUGUCCCGAUCACAUGAUACAGAAAACAUUCGAAGUGAAUGCCAUCUCUCAUUUUUGGACAUGUAAGGCCUUUCUGCCCGACAUGAUGACAGACAACAAUGGACACAUCGUCUCCAUCGCCAGCAUGGCCGGUUUGGCGGGAGUCGUGAAACUCACCGAUUACUGUGCCAGUAAAUUUGCCGCCGUUGGGUUCGAAGAAUCUUUAAGACUGGAACUGUACUCUGAAGGCUAUGAUGGCAUACAUUCAACAGUUGUGUGCCCGUACUUCAUUAACACGGGUAUGUUCGACGGAGCGAAACCAGGCCUUUUUACGAUGAUGACGCCUGAAUAUGUAGCAGAUGAAAUUGUUUCUGCAGUUUUAGUCAACCAAGAAGUUCUACUACUGCCUAAAACUUUUAAUUUAUUGAUCGCCUUAAAAGCGACUCUACCCCCUAUUGUCAUACGAGAAGCCCUAAAAAGUAUGAACAUAUCUACUUCCAUGAGAGCCUUUUGUGGACGAAUUGAAGAGAAACUACGGUUUAGGCAAAUUGACGACCACAUCAACAAUAACAGCAUAAAAAUCAAAGGACUAUGAUCGGAAACGAAAUGUAAUCGCUCUACAAACCUCAGUGAUUUUCGUUUCUGUUACUUUUUCCAUACUAUGGAUCUGGUGGUGUAAAAUAAUCAACUCAGUUGGAUUUAAGGACUGAUGGCAUUGUAAAAAGUCGUUUCAUUGUCUUCAUCAGCAUUGACUUUGGUAAUCAUGUAAAAAAUUUACCAAUCUGGGGUUUUUUUUUCUUGUUAAGUGGCUUAAAAUGGCGCUUUGCCGGUUUGGUGAAUAUAUUAGCAGAGUCAGAGAAAAAAUUCUGUAACCCACAAAAAUUGCACAAAGAACUAAAAAAAAAAAAAAGUUAACAUGUGUUCCGAUGUUAGAAAAAAAAAAAACAAUCGUGGGACUGGCCGACAAAAGCUUUAAAGCUUAUAAUGUUGAAGUUGGUAAUACUAAAUUCAUAAAUUUAACUGUAUGAACUGAGACUACUUAAUUCGAUUAGUGUUUUCAACAAACCGUCAACAUUAAAGCCUACAUCUUUAUUAUUAUUACUAAUAAUAAAGCAGAAAGUCUCUCUGUCCGGAGGAUGUCUGUAGGAUGUCUGUAGGAUGUCCGUAGGAUGUCUGUGACGCGCAUAGCGCUUAAACCGUUCGGCCGAUUUUCAUGAAAUUUGGCACAAAGUUAGUAUGUAGCAUGGGGGUGUGCACCUCGAAGCGAUUUUUCGAAAAUUCGAUGUGGUUCUUUUUUUAUUCCAAUUUUAAGAAAAAAAGCUAACAUAAAUUACGAAAUCAUCAUAACGUGGAACCGUAACAUGGGCACAAGCCAAUUGGCGAGAUACGAAAUUAUCAUAACGUGGAACCGUAAUGUCGGUACAAGCCAACUGGCGAGAAAAUUCACUAUACAUUAUUUGUAAAUAUACAGGCGAACCAAAAGACCUUUUGAUUUUUCUAUUACGGGCGAAGCCGUGCGGGUGCCAUAGUGUUCUAUAAAAGUAUAGCUUUUAUCGACCAGUUCCGCGAAUGUUCCCUCACUCCUUUAAAAUAUAAUAAUAAUUAUAAAUAAAAAUCAUGUCACUCUCUUGGGUGGGUUUCACCACUAACCUUUCAUUUAAAAACCGAAAGAGUAGCAGAUUUCGCCACAGACGCCUCGCUUUAGAUGGAUUGUUGAACGAUUUAAUUUCAACAAAGCUCUGCGCAUGCGUUUCGAUGGUAACAAGAGAACCUUUUUUUUACGUCGUUUUUCUCAGUUCAGACAACUUUUCAUAAGAAGCAUAGUUUAAACAAAUCCAUGCGAUGCCGAUACAAUGAAGAUGCAACCCAUAAGUUGAUUAUCAAAGUCGGUGUUACAUUUGCUGGAAUCAGUUUGUCCGUAUCGUUUUUAAAAUCUUUAAGUAUAGGAGAAAAACUAAAAUGUGUCCGAUCAAAGAAGGUGACCUUUAUCAUAUGUUUGUGUAUUUUUCUUUGUAGCAUUUUCUCUAUUCAUAUGUACGUUAUGAAAAAAUCAGUAUCUUUUUCACAAAAUAAAGUGAAAACUGAUUUGUGAUUUUCUAUGUUGUUAUUCUUCUACAUUGCCUUGAAUAACUAAUCGUAACUACAUUCUGCUUUAUUUUCUGUAAUAUUUUUUAAAUUACUGUACAUCCGGUUCAAUUCUUAUAGAAAUAAAUUCUUACUUUUUCAACGUUACAUGAUCGUUCUAAAAUGUGCUAUAUCUAUGUAUUUCAUAAUGGAAGAACUACGCUCACUGGCCAAUGAAUUAGAAACCUUUGAGAUUUACAUUUGAAUGCGUGCACUGUGCAAGGUACUGGAGGGAAUAUGAUGAUAUGGAGCAUGUUCUGCUCGCAUCAAAAUUCCCAGCGUUAAAAAUCCGAAACAGCAAAAAUCCAAACCCUUCUUUCAAUCCUCUCUCUGCCAAAAUCAGUGAUAUUUUAAAAUAAGACUAAGUCCGUUUUUCCAAACAAGGAAAUUAGGAUGAAGUCAGUGUCUUUUCUAGAAGUUCAUUUAAUUUCCUUUGUUACACAAUAGUUCCACCCAGAGUACAUACAAUACUGUAAAUAUUUUUCAUUUUCCCUUUAUGUUCAGUAAACAAUAAGAUUUGCCAAAAAAAAAAGUAAUUAAAAAAUGUAGCAUCAUAUACUGUAUUGUAUUUUAUGUUCAUACACAUUGUAUAGCCACUUCAUUUCAUCAAACGGCAUACCCUUUUCCCAAUGGGUAUUUUUUGCUCAAAAUUAGGAAUUCUUUGAAAAAUCGAAUGUGCAAGUAACAAAAACUGUUACUUGCGCAACAAAAAUGUUCAAAAAAGAUUUAUAUCAUUAAAAAAAGUCACCGGUAUAAAAACAACACUGAUAAAAAAAAAUGUCAACCAAAUUCACUCAUUUUGUUGAAAUUUUUAUCAACUACUUAAAAAUAAGUAACAUGUGACUUUAAUAAGUUACGAUACUCAGUAACUUUUGUUUCAACAGUUACAUUUUUACUUGAGUAACGGGUAUUUAAUAAGUAGCACUUCUGAAAAACAACUUGUGACACUAAUUUAUCGGUAACAUUUCAAAAUCUGACUGUUAUACUUUAUAAAAAUUCAUUUAAUAAAGUCAGCUAUGCAUAAUUUUAGGAGAAAAUAUUACAUAAUGUAAUGGUGAUAUAAAAUGUUGCACUUAACUGAAAAUAUAAUGUAAUAAAGUUAUAAAAUGCAGUAUUUAGGUGAAAGUAUUACAUAGUGCAAUAAUGUUAUGUAAUGUAAUAUUUAAAUAAAAAGGAUAUAAUAUAAUAAAGUCAUGAAAUUUAGUAUUCAGGUGAAAAAUUGUGUAUAUUAAUGGUAUUAAAUGCUAUAUUAGGGUGAAAAUGCUUAAUAUAGUUUUAUUCGCAAUAAUAUUUUAUUGCGAAUAAAACUAUAUUAAGCAUUAUUAUAUCGAAUUAUUAUAUUAUAUCGAUCAAUAAUAUUUUAUUCGCAUUUUUGAUAAUUAAAACAGAACCUAUGCAUUUUUCUUGUCUCACUUUCUUUGGUAAAUAAUUGCUGCAAGGUACUUCAUCCAAUAGUAUUUAUUGUAAUUCUUGUUGAUUUUUUGUGUCUCCUGUUUUAUAAAUUAUCUGUAAAAUUAUUUCUAUAUAUUUUCGUUUUUUUAUGUGAAUAUAACAUAGUUUACUUAUUAUUACUCGCUGUAUAACACUUGUUUUCCCGUAAUGUAUUGUUUCUCGCUUAGAAAUUAGUUUAUUUUAAGCAUGAUCUCAGAACGUUUUUGAGUAUUUUGGAAAACACAUUACUAACCCUACAUUUUGUCCUAUUAUUUUGUAUUGUUAUAUGCGUGUCAAAUAAACAUAGUAUA